AUGGUCAAAAACACUUAUGAAACCCUUGGCGAUAGAGCUCCUAAACCUUGCGCCAUAGGAGAUGCUCAUGGUGUUGCUAUGGCCUUCACAGAACCAGGCACAACAGUCACCCCAUUCCCAUUCCAACACCCAGAGCUCCUUGAUAAUGAAAUUAGAAUCCACGUCACUCAUGCAGGGCUUUGCCAUAGUGAUAUCUUUGUUUCAACUCUUGGUUGGGGAGAGAAUGUAAACUUCCCUCUGGUUCCUGGACAUGAAAUCGUUGGAGUGGUUGAGAAAGUCGGUGAAAGAGUUUCUAGGUUCCAUGUCGGCGACAGAGUUGGUUUUGGUGUUUGGAGAGAGUGCUGUGAGCAAUAUGAAAGCUGCAGAGAGUGCAGAAAUGGCUUUGAUAAUCUAUGCCCUAGCUCCCCCCAUCCCCACUUGAGCGAACAAAAAAUUUUGUUCGUUAAUUUUUUUUAACAAUUUAUGUAUAAAUUUUAAAGUAUUUUAUUCUUAAAAAAUUCCAAUUCACAAAUUGAAAGCAAAAAUUAAUAUUUGCUAGUAAAAUUUAUGCUUUAAGCGCAAGCUUUUAAAAAUUCAAAAAAAUAAGCUAGAAAUUUCAUUAUAAUAAUUCUAUUCUUACAUAUAAAAUUAUCUUAAAAAAACUUUUGCUGCACAUGGAGAGUGGGCUUUACCAAAAAAAUAGGGGCUUUUCUAAUGAUUUUUUCGAUCACAGAUAGGAGAGUAAGGCAAAGCUUACCUAUGAUCCAUACUUUGGAGGAUAUGCCACCUCAUUCCAAGCUCACGCCAGCCACUUUUAUAAAAUCUCAGACGAUUUCCCAGGACAAGCAGCCCCACUUUUCUGUGCAGGAUUGACCGUCUUCUCUCCGAUAAUUUAAAUAUGGCAUCUCAACUUAGGCUUGGCCUCUCAGCUAAGCAGUCUCGAGCCCUAUUUAAAUUAUAUCCGGCAAGGUUUUGCCAACGAAUGGACAGCUAUGCUAGGUAAGCAAUUCCUGUAAGAGGCAGGAGCCUAGCCCUAGUCCGCUUUCGGAGUUGGUUUUUUUCCUCAAGGGUAAAGGAAGGUUGAAGUUGAAAGGAGGCGCCCAGCUAUGCCUGCAGGGAACAUCCAGGCCAUUGGGCAAUGCCGCUAGCGAGAAACCAGGAGUUUCGCCCUGGGCUUCAACUUUUCCUUUUUGCCAUUUUUUGGGUUUUCUGCAUGGACAACCUUGUAUCCCACAGCCUCAAGCAAGGCCGCAGAAUUCCUAAAUCUGCCCACUCAACACUGGAGCAAGGUUGUAGCUUGCAAGGAGGAGACGUUCAACAGAACAGGCUAGCCAUUAAGUUGGAGUCCUGUAGGCGGCGUCGCAAAGCGGAGGAACCUUCGGGGUCUGGUGACUGCGUCAAAACUAACAGCUUAGCAGCUGAUAAUCUCGUAAUUAAGAUUAAGAUUAAGACCGUCUUUUCUCCUCUUAACACUCACAUGAGAGCAGGCAUGAAGGUCGGAGUUGUAGGAGUCGGAGGAUUAGGACAUCUUGGCCUCAAAUUUGCGAGAGCUAUGGGUGCUGAAGUCACUGCUAUUUCCACAAAUCCCCACAAAAUAGAGGAAGCAAAAUCAUUCGGAGCUCACCACUUCUUGAACUCAAGAGACGAGCAACAAAUGAAGGAAGCCGCCAACUCUUUUGACUUUAUCCUAGAUACUGCAAUCCAAAUCAAUAUUGAUCAAGACUGUAAGUUGAUAAAACCAAGAGGGAUAUACCGUGAGCACAGUUUUAGAUCGACCUGAGAACCCCCUCCCCACUAACCUUGAUGGUUUCAGCUUUAUUGAAAUCUACAAAUUGAAUUUGACUAGUCAAAUCCUUAGUGAGGGACUUGCCAUUUUGAAUCAACUAUUCGUUCAAACUGAAACCGUCAGGUGGUGGGGGAAGAGGAGUUUCAGGUCGAGCCAUACCUGUUCUGAAGGUAUAUUAAAUAUCGUGGGUUUACCUGAUGCUAGAGAGAAUUUAAACUUCAACUUAUUUACGAUUUUAGGCAAAAACAUUAAUUUGACUGCAAAUCCUGUUGGCUCGAGAUGGGAAGGAGACCAAAUGCUUGAAUUUUGUAGGGUGCAUGAUGUUUAUCCUUUGGUUGAGGAGUAUAAGUUUGCGGAUUGUCAAGCUGCUGUUAAUUCUUUGGCUCAUGGAGUUCCUCAUUAUCCUAAGUUCAGAAAUGUAAUGGAAACUGCAAGCUUUAUGGAAACUUUCACACCUAGCAAAUAA